UAAACAGCACGUGUAUAAACUCCAAAACACUUAGCGCCUUUGACCGCUAUUAGAGUGACUAUAAUCAGAGUGGCGACAGCUGUUCGUUUGGAAUGACAGCUACCAGUUCCAAACGAGUAAACGACCUGUCAAUUCAAUGUAAAGCUAAUGGAAUGUUUUGAAUUGUUGCCAACAUUACGGAUGAGAUGUCGUCACUCUGGUUAUAGGCACUCUAACCGCUAUAUUGUGUAUAUUCUAAACGGAGACAUUAACAUUAACAAAUAAAAUGGUAUUCUUUACGUGCAAUCACUGUGGUGAAUCACUGAAAAAGCAGGCAGUCGAAAAGCAUGGUUGGAGAUGCAAACGAGAGAUCGACGUUUGCUGCGUGGAUUGCCAUAAAGAUUUUUACGGUACGGCGUACACCGCUCACACAAGCUGUAUCACCGAGGAGGAAAAAUAUUCCGGAAAGGAUUACGUUCCGAAAGCAAAUGCCAAUAAGGGUGCGAAAAAACAGGAAGCAUGGCUGGAAACAAUUCGUUCCAUAACGGACCGCAAAAAGAAUCUUCCAAAAGGCAUCAGCGACGUGUUCAAUGUUAUUCGUAAUAACGAUAAUAUUCCUCGAAAGAAGAAAGGUUUCAUGAACUUUUUCCAAAACUCAGCCAAAUAUAUUCGAACGAACGAUGUGGACGCCGCCUGGUCUCUACUCGAAGAGGAAGUGAAAAGGAAUAACGACAGUGCAAAUCAGAACCAAGCUAAUGGAACUGUUCCGAACGGAUCAAUUAAGACGGGCAAUGGAACUAUCCCGAAUGGAUCGAAUAUGGAGACCAAUCAAACCAGUAGUCCUCAAGAAAAUGGGUUGAAAAAACGAAAACUUGAUGAAACAGAAGAUCAAACGAUUAAAGCCGAGCCCGCAAGCAAAAAGGCAAAGAAAAAAUUUAAAGAUCAACCGAUCGUUAAAUCUGAAGAGAACGAAAAUCUUGUAAAUGUAAGCGCGGUAGAAAGCGAUAGCACAGCUGCCCCACAAGAAGGCAAGUUCAAAUGGAAGGAGGCAAUUUUAAGUACCCUUGGAACCAAAAACAACGAAAUGAAACUGAACAAGUUAAGGAAGAAGGUCCUGAAGAGGUACCAACAGUUUAAGGGAUGUGGUGUCGAUACUGGAGAUAAAAUAGAGCGAAAAUUUAGUAAAAAGAUUACUAAGCUUGGUUUAGUUGUAGAUAAUGAGACUGUUCGACUGCUUGAUUAACUAAUAAAGAAAAUUCUAUCAGAAAA